AUGAAGGAACUGAGAAGGCUUUUCAUAUUCAAAUUGGGAAGAGAGGAUGGAGUGAUGGUGUGUUCGUCCAUUGAAAAGCUCCAAAAUCUUCAAUCAUUAGCCUUGUUUUCAAAAGCAGAAAAUGAGAUCCUGGACCUGCAUCACAUUUUAUCCCCUCCUGCAUCCCUUCAGGAGCUCUCUGUGUCAGGACGUUUAGAAAACUUUCCAUAUUGGAUAAAAUCUCUCAACAACUUGGUUAUAGUUUACUUCAGGUGGAGUCAGUUAAGAGAUGAUCCACUCCAGUAUCUCCAAGAUUUGCCAUGCUUAGUCCGUCUUGAACUUCUUGAUGGAUACGUUGGUGAAGAACUUUGUUUCAAGGCGGGAAAGUUUCAAAGUCUUCAAAAGUUAUAUCUUGACACGUUUGAACCUUUAAGACAGGUGAUAAUUGAGGAGGGAGCAAUGCCAAAUCUGAAAAGGAUAAAGAUUCAGCGGUGCAAAUAUCUGGAAAGUGUUCCAUCUGGAAUUGAACGCCUUACCAAGAUGGAAGUCCUUAAACUUUUCUACAUGAGCCCACAGUUUAUUGAGAAACUGUCUGGUGAAGAUGAACAUAAAAUUGCACACAUUCCAAAAUUACUGUUUUGGGACGAUGAAGUCGAUGAUGCCAACAAAAAUGAUGAUGACUGA